AACAAGCUAUAGAGUUCACGAAAUCCACCAAACAACAGCGUUCCGUUUCGGAGUCGGCAUCUCUUCUCUCCCUCACCAGCUGUAUACUUUCCGCCUUUCCGCAUGACAUAACCAGAAAAAGAAAAAAAGAAAAGAGGCAGCAACCAACCAGCAAAGCACACGCCACAUCUGAACCUGAAGACUUUCUAUAAUUUUUCAACCUUUUUCACGCCUUCCUUUGUUAAAUGAUUCAAAAUUGAUGAGAAUUUUUUUUGAAAUAUUGAGGAGGACGUAUGAUGAAGAAGGCGGUGGCAGGUGGCGGAGGAGCAACGGCGGCGCCGGGGAUACCGGUGAGGUACAUGCUGCGGUUAAGCUGGAAACUGGUGAUUGGAGUGUGCAUUAUUCUUUGUUUAAUGGCUUUUCUCAGACUGCAAUAUUCUCUGUCUUACUCCGACUCGGAGCCGGGUUUGUCGCCCCCCACUUCUUUUGUUCGUCAUCGGUCGAGAUUUAUGAGCAGUUAUGAGUUUGAAGGCAAUGCCAAGAUUGCGUUUUUAUUUCUUGCUCGGAGAAAUUUACCGCUGGAUUUUCUUUGGGGAAGCUUUUUCGAGAAUGCUGAUGUGGGAAAUUUUUCGGUGUAUAUACAUGCGGAACCUGGGUUUGUAUUUGAUGAAUCAACUACGAAGACAUCUUUCUUUUAUAAUCGUCAGUUAAAGAAUAGCAUUAAGGUAGCAUGGGGAGAAUCUAGCAUGAUUGAAGCUGAGAGGUUGCUACUUGGAGCAGCUCUGGAAAAUCCAGCUAACCAGAGAUUUGUUCUCUUAUCAGAAAGUUGUGUUCCAUUGUACAACUUCAGCUAUAUCUACAACUAUCUAAUGGCUUCUCCAAGGAGUUUCGUGGACAGUUUUCUUGAUAAAAAGGAAGGACGCUAUAAUCAGAAGAUGUCACCAGUUAUACCUAAGAACAAAUGGCGGAAAGGAUCACAGUGGAUUACUGUGAUCCGGAAGCAUGCAGAAGUUAUUGUAGAUGAUCAAGUCAUCUUUCCAAUUUUUCAAAAGUUCUGCAAGAGACGUCCUAUGGUGGACGCCAGUAAGGGAAAGAUGAACCUUAAGCUUCAGAAGCAGCACAACUGUAUCCCCGAUGAACAUUACGUGCCGACGUUACUUGCUAUGAAUGAUCUUGAAGAUGAAAUUGAACAAAGGCCGGUGACUUAUACUUUGUGGAACCAAUCUAUGAGCAACAUGGAAACGAAGGGCUGGCACCCUAUAACAUUUAGACAUGCAGAUGCUGGACCUCAACAAAUCCGAAGAAUAAAGGGUAUGAACCACGUAUACUACGAGACAGAAUUUAGGACAGAGUGGUGCAGCAAUAAUGGUACACUGGUUCCUUGCUUUCUAUUUGCCAGGAAGUUCUCCCAAGGAGCUGCCAUGCGCCUUUUAAGUGAAGGGGUGGUUGGCCAAUCUGGUACCCCCUUCAUUGCUGGACACUUCGCUCUGAGUUAAUUGUACUCCUGUUACUAACAUCUCAGGCGUCUCAACCUCACCAAACCAUCCAGCUAGUUGCUAUCUUAUGUAAAAUGCUGAUGCUACCCAGUAAGGAUAUACAAAGAUUGAUAGAUAUCAUACAUACAGAUAAAAAUAUAUAGCAAGCAGAGAUGUUUUUUGGUAGUUGAUACUGAUAUUUAGGUUGACCCGGGGCUGCCUGUAGAUCGUUGUUGAUACAAGGCCCAAUUACAUACUUAGCUGUAUGUAUGUCCAUAUUGACAUACCAUGAAUUGCCCAAACAUAUGUAGACAUUAUUAGAGUUGUUUUAAGGGGACCCACUCCAAUAUUCGUCCACGAAUAAA